UAAGAAACGUACUCUCACGUCUCGGCUUCGACGAGGACCCAACGCAGCAAAUGCCUGGCACUCGAGCUUCCCUCUGCUGAUAAAACAGCCAUUCACUGCGCCUCGGUCGUGUGCUGUAGAAUUGGAAUACAACCCAUGUGAAUUUCACUGGUAGCGCAGCUGCUUGUUGUAGUUCGAGUGUGGAGGAGGUGAAUUUGGUUGUCUUUGCUGAAUGAAGCGCUGCGACAACGAUGUCGUCAGCUUCUGCGGUUUGUUCCAUUCCUCUGCCACUUCAAAGAUUGUCCGCUGUGACGAGCACUUCGUAUGGCGUUCAGAAGUCGAUAAGAGUGAGUCGGAGGGGAGGUUCGAAGUGUCGGCUGACAAUUCAAGCACUGAAGCAUGAGGGUGAAGACCGUGAGCGGCGAGGAGAAUCUCCAAGGGAUGAGAUUUCGGACUUAGAGAGUGCUCUUGGGUUGGAAAGCAAGACUGUGCGGAAUGUCACGUCUGACAAGAGAGCGCCGCAGAGGAGGCGAAUGACAAUGCUGGAUGUUCUUCAAGAGCAAAUUGACGCAAACGAGGAAAAUCGGCCCCCUGAAAAUGUGCUUCUUAAGACAAUACGCGUUAUUGGCGAGUAUCUCAUCGACAAAACUGAAAAUACCGGCGGGCAGGACAACGUUGUGCGUUUGGCAUUUUCUCUCUUUCCGUUCUGGUUUUUGGCAUUACUGGUCACAUCUGGACUUGUUACUUUGCCCUUCGACGUUCCUUUUCUACACAACUUGGCAGAACAUCUGGCAGAGACACAAUAGUUUUCGUUUAGAUGUUUUUGAAUAGAACUUUCAAGGCUGAACUUUCUCUUUUCCACUGAUUUUGUACAUGUCGAUAAUUCCUGUGAUACCCUAUACUUUUUAAAGUGCAAGAAUCUUCAAUCUGUGGUAUCAUUCUAUAUUUUUUAUAUGGUCUUUUAACAGAUUUCUCGCACUUACUCAAGAAUAGAUUGUGCGUUGUUUCAUCUGUACAAAUGUUCAGUUGAUCUUUACUUCAGGUUUUGCACUUAGCAA